CAUCGUUCUUCUCAGGAGAGUUUGGUGACGUAGGCAACGUUAUCGCUUCCUCGUUUGGUUCCAGAGCUGCAGAGCUGAAGCUAAACGCCCCUUCUUCAGCAUGCGUUCAUCAAGGGUUGGACUUUACAUGAAGAGGAGAAAGCGGGGCUGCUCCGAGGCUUGAAGCAGAAGCGUCUUCCUCCAUCUGGCCCCUCGCUCCCCCCCCCCCGCCUCUUCAGACUGCCGCUCGCCUCCCCUCCUCUCAUCGACAUGCUGUGUUGGGGCAACGCCAGGGACGGGCAGCUCGGCAUCGGCGUGGAGAGGAACCCUGCGUUCGAGCCCAGGAACUGCCGCGUGUUCAGUGGGCGAGGACUGAAGGAGGCCGCGUGCGGCGGGCAGCACACGCUGUUCCUGCUGCACGACGGCAGCGUGUACGCCUGUGGCGCCAACAGCUGCGGACAGCUGGGCCACGGCAGAGACGGCUCGUCCCCAGAGCUGGUCGGGGCUCUGGAUACCCAGAAGAUAACGAUGGUGUCAUGCGGUCGGGCUCAUUCGAUGGCCAUAAACGAGCAGGGCCAAGUGUUCGCGUGGGGAGCCGGCGAAGGGGGGCAGCUUGGCCUGGGGGCUGUGGAGGCCGCAGUUCGAAUCCCAAGGUUGAUCAAAAGGCUUUGUGACCACAGCAUCUCCCAAGUAAUGUGUGGGAACCAGCACUGCAUCGCACUUUCUAGAGACGGUCAGCUGUUCACUUGGGGCCAGAACACCAACGGUCAACUCGGUCUGGGCAAAGGAGAGCCGAGCAAGCUGUCGCCCCACCCCCUGAAGUCUCUGGCGGGGAUUCCUCUGGCUCAGAUAACGGCCGGAGGAGACCACAGCUUCGCCCUGUCGCUGUCAGGAGCCGUCUUCGGCUGGGGCAAAAACAGAGCGGGACAGCUGGGUCUUAACGACAAACAAGAUCGAGCCGUUCCGUGUCACAUCAAAUUCUUGAGGUCCCAGAAAGUUGUUUACAUCAGCUGUGGAGAUGAGCAUACUGCAGCGCUCACAAAGGACGGGGGCCUGUUUACGUUCGGCGACGGCUCGUGGGGGCAGCUGGGUCACGGCUCCACGAAUAACGAGCUUCUACCGAGACGAGUGCUGGAGCUUAUGGGCACCGAGGUUUCCCAGAUUGCCUGUGGCAGGCACCACACGCUGGCCUUAGUGGCGUCGUCCUGCAUGGUGUAUGCAUUUGGCUGCAACAGCCACGGCCAGCUGGGCACAGGGAUCCUGGGCGACGCGAGAAGCCCGUUUCCUGUCAAGUCCACUUUCCUGACUGGAAAUCUGCAGAGAAGAGACUCAAAGCAAUAUACAGUUAUAAAAAUCAUCUGUGGAGGAGACCACAGUUUCCUGUUGUACUCCAACGAGCAGAGUUCUGCUGUCACAGAGGACUUCAGAGUCACCAACGUCAGCAGAAGCCUCUCCCCGAUCAACUUUGAACAGCUAAAUUCAUGGAGAUUAAAAAUGAUGUACAACACUGACUCUAGUGUCACAAACGACAUCGUGAUUCAGCUUUCCUCGACAGCUUGUUGGAACGGCAGCUUCCUGGACCAAAGUGAUGAUGCUCACUUCAAAACCAACCCAAAGAUCCCGGGUAUCGACCUGAACUCGGUCAGAACGCUGUUUGAGGUGCUCAGCAAACCGGCCUUCUCUGGACUCCUGGAACAGGCCAGCAAGAGUUUUGAGAGCCUGUUGAUUCCUCAGCUGCCACACUCGCCCCCGGAUGUGGAGGCCAUGAGGAUCUACCUCAUCUUGUCCGAGUACCCCGCCCUGCAGGACUCCAAGAACUACAUCCGUCUCACUAUCCCCCUGGCGAUGGCUAUUCUCCGGCUAGACGCCAACCCCAGCAAAGUAUUGGAUAACUGGUGGUGUUUAAUGGACGACGGCUUCUUCACCAGAAUGGUCGACAUGUACAAAAGCAUCGUCGUGUUCAUGCUGACGGGCGGCAAGACGGUCCUGGUGCCCGUCUUCUACGACAACUACUUCCUGGCCACGCUGCGGCUGCUGGAGAAGCUCCACAAGGUAAACCUAAAGGCCAACCACGUGGAGUACAGUCGCUUUUAUAUCCCUGAUAUCACCAGCCUGGUGGACAUCCAGGAAGACUACCUCAAGUGGUUUCUGAGUAAAGCUGAGAUUAAAAUGGGCUCCUCCCCUUCACAGCAGAACGACUUUCCCUCAGUGAACCUCUGUGCCUUCCCGUUCAUCCUGAACGCCCAAGCCAAGACGACAAUGCUGCAAACAGAUGCUGAACUGCAAAUGCAGAUGGCGGUUAGCGGUGCAAACCUGCACAACGUCUUCAUGCUGCUCACGCUGGAACCGCACCUCGCCAGGAACCCGUAUCUGGUGCUCCACGUGCGCCGGAACCACCUCGUCAGUGACACGCUCCGUGAGCUCACCAUGUACUCUGACGUGGACCUCAAGAAGCCCCUCAAGGUGAUCUUUGACGGCGAGGAGGCCGUAGACGCGGGCGGCGUAACGAAAGAGUUCUUCCUGCUGCUGCUAAAGGAGCUUCUGGAUCCCGUCUAUGGGAUGUUCACUCAUUAUAAAGACUCCAACCUGCUGUGGUUCUCAGACAAAUGUUUCGUGGAGCAGAACUGGUUCCAUCUGAUCGGGAUCAUCUGCGGCCUGGCCAUCUACAACUCCACCGUGGUGGAUCUGCACUUUCCUCUGGCGCUCUACAAGAAGCUGCUGGAUGUGCCGCCUUCACUGGAGGACUUCAAAGAGCUCUCGCCAACAGAAGCCAGGAGUCUUCAGCAACUUCUAGACUAUGAUGGAGGGGAUGUAGAAGACACGUUUCUGCUUAACUUUGCUAUCACCAGGGAAAACUAUGGGAUGACGGAGAUCAAGGAGCUGGUUCCUGGGGGAGAGAGCAUCGCUGUUGACAAAAACAACAGGAAGGAGUUUGUGGAGGCAUACCUGCGCUACGUGUUCUCAGACUCCGUGUGCGAGCAGUACUCGGCCUUCUCCGCUGGGUUCCUGAAAGUGUGCGGGGGGGAGAUCCUGUCGCUGUUCCAGCCCUCUGAGCUGAUGGCCAUGGUGGUUGGAAACAGCAACUACAACUGGGAGGAGAUGGAAAAGAACGCUGUUUACAAAGGCGAGUACACCGCCGCUCACCCAACCGUCAGAUUUUUCUGGGAGGUUUUCCACGAAUUCCCGCUGGAGAAGAAGAAGCAGUUCUUAUUGUUCCUGACGGGCAGCGACCGCAUCCCCAUCCACGGCAUGGAGAGCCUGCGCAUCGUGAUCCAGUCCACCACGGCGGAGGAGCACUACCUGCCCGUGGCUCACACCUGCUACAACCUGCUGGACAUGCCCCGCUACCAGACCAAAGAGAUCCUGCGGCGCCGCCUCACCCAGGCCGUGGAGCAGUACGAGGGCUUCAGCCUGGUCUGAGGGCCCGGGGGGGGGCGGGG